CCGUCCAAUAAUAUCAGAGCAGAAAUGAUGCUGCUCGCGCUUGCGGUAAAGAUAGACAAGAGGAAAGGACUCGUAGCUAGGUCAAGGUUUUGCAAAAAAGCAGAUGCUCUAAAUAGACGCGCACAGAGCCCACGGGAGCGCGGAUCCGCAUACCUGUGCAGUUUUGUCCUGCAUGCUAUCAUGCUGUAAGCAUCAACAAUACCAGCGAUGCAGUGUGGAUGACAGCCGUUCGAGCCGAGCGGCGGUGCGGUUAGACCAGUUCUGUCACUUCCUCUUUGACGUGUGCGUGUUUUUGACUGUCAGCGAGCGGAGGACUUGACUUCGAAUGGAAUGCGCGGAUCAAAGCGUCGGCCUGCCCUUUCCUGUCUUAUUUAGUCGGCUAAACUGCUAGCCGACUGCUCGCGCGCACAGUACACAGCGGGGGGAAAUAGCGUCGCACGGACCCGGAGCCACGUCGACGUCAACCGGGAUGUGCGUGAGCUAAAGCCGCGGAAAGCCGAUGGCCGCCCCGCUCUGACUCGAGCUGAAUUUCCCGCGGCAACGGUUUAAGAAAUGAGCUCGGCCUGUCCUCUCUGAUGAACUCGAGCUGAGGGCAGUCCUGCUGGAUUUACCCCCCGACCCAGCAGAGUUCGCAGCCGCCGCCCCGCUCCACGGCCAACAUGCUGAUCAAAGAGUACCGCAUCCCCAUGCCCAUGAGCGUGGAGGAGUAUCGCAUCGCUCAGCUCUACAUGAUUCAGAAAAAGAGUCGUGAGGAGAGCGAAGGCGAGGGCAGCGGGGUGGAGAUCCUGGAGAACCGGCCAUAUACAGACGGGCCGGGCGGUUCGGGUCAGUACACCCAUAAGGUCUAUCACAUCGGCCAACACAUCCCCAGCUGGUUCCGCUCCAUCUUACCCAAAGCCGCUCUUCGUGUGGAGGAGGAGUCCUGGAACGCUUACCCAUACACCCGCACACGAUACACGUGUCCUUUUGUCGAAAAGUUUUCCAUCGAUAUCGAGACGUACUACAAACCGGACACGGGAACUCAGAAUGACGUCUUCAACAUGUCUGGUGCUGAGAGGAGACAGCGGGACGUAGAUCCCAUCGACAUUGUGAAAGAUGUCAUGGCCCUUCACGAGUAUCUAGCUGAAGAGGACCCUAAACUCUACAAGUCAGUGAAGACCCAGCGCGGUCCCCUGAACGAUGACUGGAUUGCAGAAAUCAACAACAACCCCGGGAAAAUGCCCGUCAUGUGUGCGUACAAGCUGUGCAAAGUGGAGUUUCGUUACUGGGGCAUGCAGUCCAAGAUCGAACGCUUCAUUCAUGACGUGGGGUUGAGAAAGGUGAUGGUACGGGCUCAUCGGCAGGCCUGGUGCUGGCAGGACGAGUGGUACGGUCUGACCAUGGAGGACAUCCGACAUCUGGAGCUGGAGACACAGCUGGCCCUUGCGAAGAAGAUGGCUCAGUACAGCUGCAAUGAAGAGGGAGGCGAAAACAACGGCAUGGUCACAAGCCCCGAAAAAGAGCUGGAAGCCAAAGAGGCCAUCGGCUCCAUCGAAGCAGAGAACACGUCCAGAGGACUGGGAGAUACUCUGCAGGCCAGAGGAGAGCUGACAAAACAAUGGUCCACCUCCUCCAGGUCCUCACGCUCCUCCAAGAGAGGUGGAAGUCCUUCACAACACAGUAUCUCAGAAUGGCGCAUGCAGAGCAUAGCCAGAGACUCAGAGGACAGCACAGAUGAUGAGUUCUUCGAUGCUCACGAGGAUUUCUCUGACAACGAGGAGAUCUUUGCCAAGGAGAUCACCAAAUGGAACUCCAAUGACAUGAUGGAUAAAAUCGAGAGCACAGAGGCAGAGGAAGCUCAGGGUGAAUUCUGUGAAUCUGGCGCUGCCGUUGUGGAGCGGCUUGGCGAGGAUUGCUCCUUACAGCAGGGCUUACAACCCUCAAAGAUCCACGUCCUCAUCCUCAUCCUGCACGGAGGAAACAUCCUGGACACGGGAGGAGGAGACCAGAACAGCAAACAGUGUGACGUCAACACCAUCAGCGGUGCGUUUGAUGCCGUCAUGAGAGUUCACUAUCCCAAUGCUUUGGGUCGCAUCGCCAUACGUCUGGUGCCGUGUCCGGCCGUGUGUUCCGAAGCGUUCUCUCUGGUGUCAAAUUUGAGUCCGUAAAGCUAUGAUGAAGGCUGUCUCUCUAACAGUCAGGAUCACAUCCCUCUCGCUGCCCUGCCCCUAUUGGCCACCUCAGCACCACAGUACCAGGACGCCGUGGCGACGGUCAUUGUGCGAGCCAAUCAGGUUUACGGUGACUUCAUCAAAUCCCUGGAGGGGUCUACUUUCACCGGCCAAGUGUGUCUGAUCGGAGACUGUGUUGGAGGAAUUCUGGGAUUUGAUGCUCUCUGCAGCAGUAACAUCACAGUGUCUGAGAGUCAGAACAGCAGCCGCAGGGGCAGUAUCGUCAGCGUGCAGGACAAUGAUCUUUUAUCUCCAGGCAUCAUUAUAAACAGCACACACUGCUCGGGAUCCGGCUCGGGUUUAUCUCUGGAGGGCAGCCGUCACCUCAGCCGCAGUAAUAUAGACAUCCCACGCUCUAGCGGUCCAGACGACCCCAAAAAACAGCUGCCACGGAAACGCAGCGACUCCUCCACUUACGAGCUGGACACCAUCAAACAGCACCAGGCCUUUCUGUCCAGUCUGCACUCCAGCGUCCUGCGGAACGAUCCGGGUUCACGUCGCUCCAGUAGCAGUACGAUGCUGGAGGGAGGCGGAGCUCUGGGGAAGUUUGACUUCGAUGUGUCUGACUUCUUCCUCUUCGGCUCUCCGCUGGGUCUGGUUCUCGCUCUGAGGAAGACCGUCGUUCCCUCUCUGGAUGUGGCUCACCUCCGGCCGGCGUGCCAGCAGGUGUAUAAUCUGUUUCACCCCGCGGAUCCGUCCGCCUCACGUCUGGAGCCUCUGCUGGAGAAGCGCUUCCACCUGUUGCCUCCGUUCAGCGUGCCGCGAUACCAGCGCUUCCCUCUGGGCGACGGCCAAUCGGCACUGCUGGCGGAUGUGAUGCACUCUCACAGCAUCAUGUUUUCAGAUCACUCCAGUCCUUCAUCUCCGGCAUCUAUACCGGCCUUCCGUGGUACCCGGAGAGCCAGCGAGACCAGCAUCGCCAGCCAGGUGUCGGGUUUAGCGGACAGUUACACCGCAUCAAACAUCGCCAACAUCGCUGCACGCUGGUGGGGCACUAAACGUGUAGAUUUUGCUUUGUAUUGUCCUGAUGCUUUGACUGCCUUCCCUACCGUGGCUCUACCUCACCUGUUUCACGCAUCAUACUGGGAAUCAACAGACGUCGUGUCUUUUCUGCUCAGACAGGUUAUGAGACAUGAGAAUUCCAGUAUUUUGGAACUGGAUGGGAAGGAAGUCUCAGAAUUCACUCCGUCCAAACCGCGGGAGAAAUGGAUGAGGAAGAGGACACACGUGAAGAUCAGGAACGUUACGGCAAACCAUCGUGUGAAUGAUGCCGUGUUUACAGAGGACGGUCCUCAGGUGGUCACGGGGCGUUUCAUGUACGGUCCAUUGGAUAUGGUCACGCUAACAGGAGAAAAGGUUGACAUCCACAUCAUGACCCAGCCUCCGUCUGGUGAGUGGGUGUACUUUGACACUGAACUGACCAAUAGCAGCGGCCGAAUCUCGUACGUGAUUCCUGAGAGUAAGAAACUGGGAAUUGGAGUGUAUCCUGUUAAAAUGGUGGUCAGGGGUGACCACACGUCUGCUGACAGCUACCUGACGGUUCUGCCGUGCGGCACUGAAUUUGUCGUGUUCAGCAUCGAUGGCUCUUUCGCAGCCAGCGUGUCCAUUAUGGGCAGUGACCCUAAAGUCCGCGCGGGGGCCGUUGAUGUGGUCAGGCACUGGCAGGAUCUGGGUUAUCUGAUCGUGUACGUGACUGGACGGCCGGACAUGCAGAAGCAGCGUGUGGUAGCGUGGCUUUCACAACACAAUUUCCCUCAUGGAAUCGUGUCGUUCUGUGACGGUCUAGUGCACGACCCCCUCCGACACAAAGCCAACUUUCUCAAGUGUCUCAUAACUGAGGCACAUAUGAAGAUCUUUGCUGCCUAUGGCUCUACUAAAGACAUCUCGGUUUACACGUCACUGGGUCUGACUCCAUCCCAGAUCUACAUUGUGGGAAGACCAACAAAGAAAAUGCAACAUCAGUGUCAGUUCAUCACAGAUGGUUACGCGUCUCACCUGUCACAGCUGGAGUACAAUCAGAGGUCCAGACCUGCCAAGACAGGAAGUACUCGUAUGGUCCUGAGGAAAGGCAGUUUCGGGCUGGGCGGCAGCAACGACUUCCUGCGCAAGCGCAAUCACCUGAUGCGUACCAUCUCCUCACAACCCACCCCCUCCACUCCCGUCGUGCAGCUGGGCCGUCCCGAACGGGCCCAGAGCCAAUCAGAAUGCGACCGAGAGCGGGCUGAGCGUGCCCAGAGAAGCAUGAGCAUCGCCGCCGGCUGCUGGGGCCGAACCAGCAAACUGGAGGGCGGAGCUCUGAGCCCAAAAUAGGCUCCACCCACCGGGUUUAAAAUCGAGAUUGAUUUAUGGUCACAGUAUUACAACAAACUCUGUGAGCAAACCUCAAGGCUUUAGUGUUGUUGCAUGAGAGUCGUUUGAGAAAAUGAGAAUUCUUUUUGUUUUAAGUCCAGCAGCCAAACAUUUUCAAGAAAACGAAAAUUAGCGCCUUAAGCAUCGCUCUGGGUCCCGGCCCUCACCUCUGUCCUGAUUGAAUGUACUGUUCGGACGGAAACACCUUGGACUCCUCCCUUUCACCGUCAUCCAGGAACAUUACACCCCGCUACCCUUUCAGACCGUGCCUCCUCUUACCUGCUCAGGGCAGCCAUGAUCUUGAGAAGUUGGUCAGACCCAGAGGCCGUCUCUCGUCCCUCUUGUUCUCACGGAGUACUCCGUUUCUCUCCCGGCGGCAUCUCCGAGUGGAAUCCCAGCAGCUUUCGGCAAUAAGGAUCCAACCCCAUCACAUGAAAACAUGCAGGCCUUAUGAACGGACGCUCGUUCUCAACCGAGCAACUAUCCCUUUACCAGGCCAUCUGCUUGCAAUAUCUACGAGACGUCUGCCGUUUCUCGGUCCUGUCCUCUGGACACUCUCGGCACGGCUGCUGGGUCACUCUCAACAUAUUUCUUUUUUCUUCAACUUCUGAGCCACCAAAAAACAAUCGUAAGCACACGUGGGAUUUCACGCCACACCCACUGAAGUCAAAAAGCGUCUUUGAAACCCUGGAGAAAAUCUCCCAUUUCCACCCGUGCAGCUGGCAUGCUCCGCCGCAAACUCAAACGAUCGUUUUUUUCCGCCAAGAUUUGGAUGGAGACGGAUUCCACAUGUUCUCAAUCAUUUCCUCUGAACCUCUUUGCACUCAUUCCCCGGUGAUCGGGGGGAGCGAUUCGAUCGAUCGCCCGCCUGAUACCACCGAUGGCCAAAUACACUUCAUUUGAAACGCUGUAGUCCUGCAACUGCAUCACCUCAUUGUUGUUUUGCACUAGUGGAAUAGUGGACGUCCUCUUAUCACGUCAUGUGACCCUCAUCAUGUGCGCACGCACGAUCAAAUAUUUCUCCAAGAUAUAGGAAACGAAAAAAACGUGAGAAAUGUGCCAAAACCAGGCGGUCGGACGGUGGGAACCCGAGCGGAGUGUUGGAUGUGUUGUAGCAAAGUUUCCAGGGCGGAGUGUGUACAUACGCUGUGUUUGGAUGGCGCGUGUAUAAUGUUUUAUAGAUUUUAGAUCAUUUUAGAUCAACUCAAGUCCUUUGAAGUUCAGUAAUCGAUGAUAUUGUUCAUAUGUAAGUGAUUUGAGAUCUCUAGAAAUCGUGCUCUUAAUUUUAUGAUUUUAGAUGGGACAGCAUGACCGAGUCGGGUGUUGAAUUGUUAGUUUGUUUAACGCUGCCAUGCACACACUGGAAUAGCCAUUCUGCAUGUACGCCGGGGCUUCCCAUCCGAAGCGAUGGUUUCCAACCCGGCUGAUGGUUUUUGUCGUUCAUCCAGAGCGGCUGUUGCGAAAUGAAUGGGACUUAAACGCGUGUAGAUACUGUAAAAGAUGUAAAUUUCACUACAUAGGAUAUGUUACGGUCAGAAUCUAUUUAUUUCUGUAGCUUCGUUAGAUGAUAGAUAUUUCAGGUUUGACUGUAUUCCACGUCUCGCUUUACUUUUUGUCUGACGCUUCUUUUAAGGACCAAUGACGUGCGUCCUUGUGCAUAAUCGUCAACAGUGUUUCUGUAGCAAAAUUCUAUAGAGAACGCCACCGUACCGCACGGACAAUCACAUGUGUUCAGACACACACACACACACACACACGUGUACAAACACAUGUGCAGAUGUUCUGGAGAGCGAUCGUACUUUGGAAAACGGGGUUUUAAUUUCCACUUAAUGUGAAGGGGGUUAUGAACGUUUAUUAACAUGGUUCAUCUUUCUGUGAGUUUUAAGUUGAUGCUGUGUGAUUUUCAUCUUUAAAAUGUUCUGUUUUUAAGUUUAUAUUUAGACUAGUAUUACUAGUCUUUGUAAGUAACGUGAACAGGUUUUGUUGUCUGUUCGAUACUAGACAUCAGGGCAAAUAUUCAGAAAAAUUUGAAAAAAUGUUGAAUAAUUUGAAUGUUUUCCAUUUUAAAUUGAUUCUUUAUAUUGAAAUUGUCAUUUUUUCCACCAUACGUUCGUUUUCCAUAUCAGAACAGAUUUACUUCUGCAACCUGUUACGCUUUCUUAAUACCGGCCUUUUUUCACAGAUGCUGGUCAAGUUCAUGAAUUUUAUUUAUGAAUCGAAGGUUUUUGUGUCAUUUGGCGGUUUGUGCCACACUUCUGCACACGUUUUCUGCAGCAGAUAUUCAUUGAAAGAUUGCGGGCUAAUGUACAAGUAUUAUAUCCUCAGAUAAACCAGAUUAUAGACACUUUUCUAUUUUGCAUGACACAGCAUAUCUUUCGUACACUUUGCUGUAUUCAGUAAUGGGCCACUAUACCGGACAUACCUCCAGUUUGUAUCUACGAAUAUGCUGUUGUCUCUAUAUAACAUCAUAUUACUACCAAAUAUUUAUCUUGGCAAUCCCAAACCAUAUUUUUAAACACUGACAUGGUGAGAUUUUCAAGUGUUGGCGUUAUGUUGGAAUUAGAGUGAAAGUACUGUUUUCAAUAAACACGGCAGAACUUUUGGACAUGUACACCAAUCAAUAGACAAAUUGGAUUCACAAUUUUUCCUGUUUGUUGCCAAAACGCUGUAUGAAGGAAACAUGUUUUGCUGAUGAUGAGUGACACACAACUGAACUGUGACACUUCUGUCGUGUCGGUGUUGAUCUCAACCGACUCGCUCUCUUACAGUUUUCUUACCCGGCCGGUGGUUCAGUGCUCUCAUAUGUAUAGCUGUAUGUAAUGUGAAUUAAAUGCAGUUGGACAACUGUGCAUGUCUUCUGACUCUUCUAUUG